AUGACCACCAGGGUCCCCUCAAACUACACCUCCCUGAUAGAUGACAUUAAGCAUCUGGCAACUCCGUCUAACUCCACGUCACUGAUGUCUUCAGAAGACGGUGUCGAACUAGUCACUGACUCACCAUUCCCAUCACCUGCCGAUCCAUUUGAAGACUAUGUUAAUGUAACGGAUUACACGAUUGUGGAAGUAAAAAAUGGGAAAAAUGGCACGGAAUCGGUCACAGUUUUCGAGUUUUUGAACAUGGAACCAUGGGUGGUAUACACAGUAUGCGGAGUCGCUGCCGUCGCAGUCAUAUUGGCAAUCAUUGGAUUGGUGGUAUGGCUGAAAAAACAUAAGACGAGAGUCAUAAAUGAGACAACGGAUCCAACACUCGCUACCAACUUCCCGGACAAUGAUGGAAUCUUCAGUUGUUGUUGCAAGUCAAAGCCAAAGAUUUCAAUGGAUCACAGACAAAAUUCGUCUAGCAACUUGGAAUUCUAUGGGCGUCCCGCACUGCCACAGUCGGCUUAUCAAACGGAGCGACCUAAAUCAGCAGACUCUAUGGCCAUCUCCACCUCAAACAUGGCAAUGUAUAUCGACGAAAUCGAAGGGAUCCCGAGUCGAGAAAUUCCACAAUCUCAACGAAGAGAACUUCCGAAAUUCCGAUACCAGCAAUAUCAGAUGCAAUCUUAA